AGGAGGGAGAGAAAGAGAGAGGGAGAUGACCACCAGGUGGGGAGAGAAGUUGUGAUUUCAGAAACAGUGAGAGAGCCCUCCCCGCGGUGAUGCAGAGAGCAGAGGGGAAGGGCGGGGGUAAGGAGGAGGAGGAAGAGGAGAAGGAGGAGGAGAAGAAAGGAGGGGGAGAGGGAAAGGGAGGGUGGAAGGAAGAGAGACAGAAGUGAGGAGGGAACGUGAAAGGAGACGUCAAGCUCCAGAGUCCCAACUCUGGAACUCAGCUUCUCGAAACUCUAUUGCGAGGUGUUAAGGGAAGGAGAGGUUGGUUGCGCAAGGAAGAGGGCUGGAUGCUUGGGGGAGGGAUGCGCCGGGCGUUGCCUGCAGUCCUCUGCCGCUGCCUGAAGCCCCAGCGGAGCUGAGGGAGGAGACACCGAAGAGCUGGCCGGGAGUAGCCACGGUUGCAGCUCCUGCGGUAGGAGAGGGAGUACUGCCGGCUUCAUCUCCUACCCCACCCCAUUGCCUUCCCUUUCUUCCCCCCACCCCCACCCCCACCUUAGCUUCUCUCCUCAGUGCCAGAUGACCACCGAGGGUGGGCAGCAGGCGCAGCAGCAACAGCAGCAGCAGCAGCAGCAGCAGCAACAACGUCUGCCGCCCCCGCCGGUCCCUCUCCAGCGUCCUUGCAGCCCGGCUCCCGGUGCGCUCCAGUCAGUCUUGAUGAGCCAGCCACCCCCUUCCUCCUCCUCCUCCGCUGCUGCUGCCGCCCUGGAGACCACCUCUUCUUCCUCCUCUUCCUCUGGGUCCUCUGCCUCUUCUUCAUCUUCGUCCUCCAGCGCUUCCUCCGCAGCUUGCAAGAACACCAGCGGCACCGGGGGCAGCAGCGGGAGCGGAGGAGGUGGCGGGGGCGGCGGAGGAGGCGGGGGCAGCGGCAGCAAGAAGGCCAGCUCUGGGCUGCGUCGCCCAGAGAAGCCCCCGUACUCGUACAUCGCCCUCAUCGUCAUGGCCAUCCAGAGUUCGCCCAGCAAGCGGCUCACUCUCAGCGAGAUCUACCAGUUCCUGCAGGCUCGCUUCCCUUUCUUUCGCGGAGCCUACCAGGGCUGGAAGAAUUCUGUGCGCCACAACCUCUCACUCAAUGAGUGUUUCAUCAAGCUCCCCAAGGGGCUGGGCCGCCCGGGAAAGGGCCACUAUUGGACCAUCGAUCCAGCUAGCGAAUUCAUGUUCGAAGAAGGCUCAUUCCGCCGCCGGCCUCGGGGUUUCAGGCGGAAGUGCCAGGCGCUCAAGCCUAUGUACCAUCGCAUGGUCAGCGGGUUGGGUUUUGGAGCCUCGCUCUUGCCGCAGGGCUUCGAUUUCCAGCCACCUCCCUCGGCGCCGCUCGGGUGCCAUGGCCAGGGUGGUUACGGCGGCCUCGACAUGAUGCCGGGGGGCUACGAUUCAGGCACCGGCACCCCGGGACACUCCCAUCCUCACCACCAUCACCAUCACGUCCCCCAUAUGUCGCCCAACCCGGGCUCGACAUAUAUGGCCAGCUGCCCGGUCACCACGGGUGCUGGAGUUGGGGCGGCCGGAGGAGGAGGUGGUGGCGGAGGAGGGGGAGCAGGAGGAGGAGGAGAGUACGGACCGGACAGCAGCAGCAGCCCCGUGCCCUCAUCACCUGCCAUGGCGAGUGCCAUAGAAUGCCACUCGCCUUAUACUAGCCCAGCCGCUCACUGGAGCCCUCCUGGUUCCUCACCUUACCUCAAGCAGCCGCCUGCCCUGACUCCCAGCAGCAACCCGGCCGCCCCUGCCGGACUCCACUCCAGCAUGUCCUCCUACUCCCUGGAGCAGAGCUACCUGCACCAAAAUGCCCGCGAGGACCUCUCAGUCGGACUGCCUCGCUACCAGCAUCACUCUACCCCAGUGUGUGACAGGAAAGAUUUCGUCCUCAAUUUCAACGGCAUUUCUUCUUUUCAUCCUUCGGCUAGUGGAUCAUAUUAUCACCAUCAUCACCAUCAAAGUGUCUGUCAGGAUAUUAAGCCCUGUGUCAUGUGAAUAAAUAAAGAACCAAUUGAUGGAGAAACUAUGAAACAGUGGCUGUCUGGGACCCGGUGGAUGACAGGUUUGAGGUCUAGCUGGACUCACAGGGUAAAAAAUGUAAUUUGCACCCUUGAUAGUAUUAAGUAGAACACAAAUCACAUGGCCAGAAUGCCAAAGGCGGCCAGUAUUGUUCUACCAAUCAUCAAAGGACAGAUCAAGACCAGGUAAGCUUCAGAAACCGCUAGAAGAAACCUGUUGGGGGACGAGGGCGGAAGGGUAGGUCACCAAGGAAGAUAAAAAUGGACAGAAAAGGCCAUUAUUUCCCUAGUGGGGAAUUUAAAAACUAACCAGGUUAAAAGACAAAUAAGCGUUUCUGAGAUCUUCGUUGCCUUCAGGAAUCGGGAUCUUGAAAAAGUGGACAGUUGGUAUUUUUCUAUGAAAAACUUGGAAUUUUACAGCAAAGAGGCAAUCAAAAAGAAAGACUACAAGAAAUUUGUGUGUGUGUCUUUGUGUGUGUGAUUUUUUAAAAUAUUGCUUCCUGGUUAAUUAGGAGUGUUCUAUUUUUCCAGACACUAUUUUUGGACAAAAGUGCCCAUCAGUAUUAUUAAGAAAGUAUUUAGAAAUAAACUGUCUAGUUUAAGAAAGUGGAUUUUCAGUAUUGUGACAAUACAACGUUUUUACAAAGUUGUUUUCUACCACCAUAUUUUUAAAAAAUAUUUUUUAAUGAUCUUUGUGUAUACUCACACACUAUUGCUUGUACUUUAAAGGGAGGAUAUAUUUGCACUUAUGUAUACUUUUACAGUUUGUCAAAAUAUUGUGAUGUAAAAUUUUUUUCAAUAAAAUUGUAUAUAACGAA